GAGGGGAAAUAAGGUCAUCAAAAUGCCAGCCGGCCUCUGUGGUACAUGGGAAAUCAUCAGCAAUGUCAACUUCGAGGGCUACAUGACUGCAAUGGGUAUCAGCCAAUGCUUACGAAAGAUUGCUCUGAAGUUGAAGCUGAAGAAGGUGAUUGAGCAGCGUGGGGACAAGUACAUCAUCAAAACGGUCAGCAGCUUCAGAAACUACACCGUCUCCUUUAGAGAGGGUCAGGAGUUUGAGGAGUUUACCAAGGGACUGGACAACAGACAUGUCAAGUCACUGGUGACGUGGGAGGGAAAUAAACUGGUGUGUGAACAGACUGGAGAGAAGAAGAACCGAGGCUGGGCUCACUGGAUUGAGGAGGACAAGCUGUAUCUGGAGCUGUACUGUGAAGGAGAAGUCUGCAAGCAGGUUUUCAAGAAGAAUGUGAACGAGUGA